CGUUCUCGUCUUGACAGGGACGCACACUGUACAGUGGGGGAGAAUGCCGCGUGGUUUCUUGGUGAAGAGGAGCAAGCGGGGCUCUCCUGCGUCCUACAGAGCGCGCCAAGGGCCCCUCGAGUUUCCCAAAGAGACGCACCUACCGGCGCUCAUCCCAGAUGGACCACCGAGCGUCCUGGUUACGCAUUCGACUGCGCCUCAGACGGAGGAGGACUUCCAUGAAACAUGGACCCGCGUCCCGACAGACACAGAGCAAGCCCAACUUCCCGAAAGUCCGAGAAGCGAUGAAGAUGAAGAACUUGUGGUGGACAUCACCAAUCUGACACCACCACUCAUCAGCGACCCCGUGCCCCUGGGGUCACCCGGCCGGGCCGAGGCUGCUUACAGCCCCAUCAAACCCAUUAGUGCAGAGUUGAAGGAACCCUUCUUUGACAGGUGCCUAGGUUCGCCGGCCACGGCCGAGUCGUUCCCUCUCAGCACCCCGGUGUCCUCCAUCGAGCGGCUACUGAUGAACCACGCGGAGAUGACAUUCGACACGCCGGUUCAGCUCUACUCUACAUUCCAUCAGAACCUGAAACGCGCCAACACUGACAGCGAGCGCAAGAGCAAGCCACCAACGAAGAAACCUAAAGUGAUGAGGAAACUCAACUUCGAGGACGAGGUGACCACUUCACCGGUGUUAGGACUUAAGAUAAAGAAAGAGGGCCCAGAGACCAAGCUCACUUCGUCCUCGGGGAGGAAGAAGCCGUUAGGCGAGUUCAUUUGCCAGCUCUGUAAGGAGGAAUAUCAGGACCCCUUCUCCCUCGCACAGCACAAGUGCUCCCGGAUCGUGCGCAUCGAGUACCGCUGCCCCGAGUGCGACAAAGUUUUCAGCUGUCCCGCCAACUUGGCCUCGCACCGUCGCUGGCACAAGCCUCGCGCAGCCAACAACGGUGAGUCGCAAGGAGGCGGGAAGAAAUCAGCUAUGGACAGCCGUGGAAUGGAGAAGCUAUCCGCCGAGGAGAAAGAGAACGCGACCAAGCUGCGCCUGAACAAUCAGCACCACAACUCACUGGAUAGCGCCCAGUGCCACCGCAUAGCUGACACCGGCGCACAUGCCCAAGAGAUGCACAGAGAAAACCCGCCAUCGCUGCGACCGCAUUACCUGUCACCUGAGAAAUGCUUCGACCUGCACAUCAGAGCGGGCGACAAUGACAGCUUGUUGCACUGCGUUGAUAAGGGGGAGCCCGCGCCUGUGUCGUGUUUGCCAUCACCGGGCUGCGAGGAAGAGGUGUACGAGUGCUGCUACUGCGGUAAGAAGUUUCGAAGGCAAGCCUACCUGCGCAAACACCUGGCUGCACACGAGACAAUCAAACCUUCGCCGUACAGCCAGUACAUCAGUGAACAGAUCACCUUCCCGUGCCACCUCUGCGGGGCCCACUUCCCCUCCCUGGAGAUCCGGGACAAGCACAGGCUGUGGCACGCCGUGAGGGAGGACCUGUUCCUCAACCCCAUGAAAAGCGCCAGCGCGCUGGUCAGACCCGAGCUGACCCACGGCGACCAGCAGAUCUUCACGUGUAAACACUGCCCAUCCACCUUCUUCAGUUCCCCCGGGCUGACGAGGCAUAUCAACAAGUCUCACCCCACGGAGAGCCGGCAAGUCAUGCUGCUCCAGAUGGCAGUAAGACCAGGCUGCUAGCGUGGGGAAAAUGCUUUUAUGCGUGUCCUCUAGCAUACAUGAUUUAAAGACAUGGCACAUAUGGGACGCUCAUUGAUGAUGGCCAAGGAAAUCACGCUCAGCUCUGAAAUUAAUCAUUAAUCACUGCAGAGUAACAAUAAGCGUUUAAGCUUUGUUUUUUUUUAAAUCUAUUGUUAUUCAUUCACUAUGGAUUUGCGCAGCGUCAUUGACAUGUGUCAAGUCAAGCGUCUGUGUGUAAUGGACAGUUAAAUGCAGAAGCUUAAUUUGUAUCCUCAAGGGACCUACAGACCGAGACCCGGGAAGAUGGGCUAAUAUAAUCAAACUGCUCACACACAAGGCAAUUUACAUUCAUGCGAAAACAAACCUUAUGUUACAUGUAGCCUACUAAUCACUACAAUAAUAUGAUAUUC